AUGGAGAUGCAGGAGGGCUAUUCAGAGUCCCCAGACCUGGAGUUUGAAUAUGCAGAUACCGAUAAAUGGGCAGCAGAGCUCUCUGAGCUGUACAGCUACACGGAAGGACCAGAGUUCCUGCUCAACCGCAAGUGCUUUGAGGAGGACUUCAGGAUCCACGUGCGGGACAAGAAAUGGACCGAGCUGGACAAGAACCAGCACCGCACUCAUGCCAUGCGGCUUCUCGACGGGCUGGAGGUCACCGCACGGGAGAAGAGGCUGAAGGUUGCCCGAGCCAUCCUUUACGUUGCCCAAGGCACGUUUGGGGAAUGUGGCUCUGAGGCCGAGGUGCAGGCUUGGAUGAGGUAUAACAUCUUCCUCUUGCUGGAAGUGGGGACGUUCAACGCUUUGGUGGAGCUGCUGAACAUGGAGAUUGAUAACAGCGCAGCUUGCAGCAGUGCCGUGAGGAAGCCUGCCAUCUCCCUGGCUGACAGCACGGACCUGAGGGUGCUGCUGAACAUCAUGUACCUGAUUGUGGAGACUGUUCGGCAAGAGGCCGAGGGGGACAAGCCUGAGUGGAAGAGCAUGAGACAGACCUUCCGAGCAGAGCUGGGAGCCCCUCUGUACAACAACGAGCCCUUCUCCGUCAUGCUCUUUGGGAUGGUCACCAAAUUCUGCAGCGGCCACGCUCCUCACUUCCCCAUGAAGAAGGUGCUGCUCUUGCUCUGGAAGACUGUGCUGUGCACUCUGGGGGGCUUUGAGGAGCUCCAGAGCAUGAAGGCAGAGAAGCGGGAGAUCCUGGGCCUCCCGCCGCUCCCAGAGGACAGCAUUAAAGUGAUCCGCAACAUGCGAGCUGCCUCCCCGCCCGCGUCCGCCUCCGAUCUGAUCGAGCAGCAGCAAAAGCGAGGCCGGCGGGAGCACAAGGCCCUGAUUAAGCAGGAUAACCUCGACGCCUUUAACGAGCGGGACCCUUACAAAGCUGAUGACUCCCGUGAAGAAGAGGAGGAGAAUGAUGAUGACAACAGCCUGGAGGGAGAGACCUUCCCCCUUGAACGGGAUGAAGUGAUGCCUCCCCCCACCCAGCAUCCCCCCAGCGACCGCAUCACCUGCCCCAAGGGGCUGCCCUGGGCCCCCAAGGUCCGGGAAAAGGACAUUGAGAUGUUCCUGGAGUCCAGCCGCAGCAAGUUCAUCGGCUACACUCUGGGCAGUGACACCAACACCGUGGUGGGCUUGCCCAGGCCCAUCCACGAGAGCAUCCGAACCCUGAAGCUGCACAAGUACACAUCGAUCGCAGAGGUGCAAGUGCACAUGGAGGACGAGUACCUGCGCUCCCCGCUCUCUGGGGGGGAAGAAGAAGUGGAGCAAGUCCCUGCAGAGAUCCUGUACCAGGGCCUCCUGCCAAGCCUGCCGCAGUACAUGAUCGCUCUGCUGAAGAUCCUCCUCGCUGCAGCCCCCACCUCCAAAGCCAAGACGGACUCCAUCAACAUCCUGGCAGAUGUUUUGCCGGAGGAGAUGCCGACCACAGUGCUGCAGAGCAUGAAGCUGGGGGUGGAUGUCAAUCGGCACAAGGAGAUCAUCGUCAAAGCCAUUUCUGCUGUGCUGCUCCUCCUGCUCAAGCACUUCAAGCUGAAUCACAUCUACCAGUUUGAGUACAUGGCCCAGCACCUGGUCUUCGCCAACUGCAUCCCGCUCAUCCUGAAGUUCUUCAACCAGAACAUCAUGUCCUACAUCACUGCCAAGAACAGCAUUUCCGUCCUGGACUAUCCGUACUGUGUGGUGCACGAGCUGCCGGAGCUGACGGCAGAGAGCCUGGAAGCCGGAGACAACAACCAGUUUUGCUGGAGGAACCUCUUCUCCUGCAUAAACCUCCUGCGCAUCCUGAACAAGCUGACCAAGUGGAAGCAUUCCCGCACCAUGAUGCUGGUGGUGUUCAAGUCGGCACCCAUCCUGAAGCGGGCGCUGAAGGUGAAGCAAGCCAUGAUGCAGCUCUACGUGCUGAAGCUGCUCAAGGUACAGACCAAGUACCUGGGCCGGCAGUGGAGGAAGAGCAACAUGAAGACCAUGUCGGCCAUCUACCAGAAAGUGCGGCACCGUCUCAACGACGACUGGGCUUACGGCAACGACCUGGACGCUCGGCCCUGGGACUUCCAGGCGGAGGAGUGCGCCCUGCGCGCCAGCAUCGAACGCUUCAACUCACGUCGCUACGACCGGGCACACAGCAACCCUGAUUUUCUGCCUGUGGAUAACUGCCUGCAGAGCGUGCUGGGCCAACGCGUGGACCUCCCCGAGGAUUUCCAGGUCAACUAUGACCUGUGGCUGGAACGGGAGGUCUUCUCCCGACCCAUCUCCUGGGAAGAGCUGCUGCAGUGACAGACGAUGGGGAGGCAGGAGGGGGUGCUUUGGGGAGAUCU